GUUUCAUCCAUCAUCGCAGCGCAAUGGCUUACAAUACAAAACCUGUUUUCUUAGUUCUUGCCUUUCUCUUUACUAUUGCCUUACCAAUCCAUGCACGCCAUGAUCAAAUUCGUCCCCGAGUUGAUGCUAUCUAUCAAUUCGGAGAUUCGAUCUCUGAUACUGGUAAUCUGAUACGCGAUAAUCCAAUUGGAGCACGUUCAGGCUGCGGCAGACUUCCUUAUGGACAAAACUUCUUCCUCGGACGUCCUACUGGACGUUGCUCUAAUGGACGUCUUAUGGUCGAUUUUUUUGCUGAACACUUCAAUUUGCCAUACCUUGACGCAUACCUUGACCGGAAUGGAAAUUUCAAUCAUGGAGUGAACUUCGCCGUUGCUGGCUCAACAGCGCUUAGCACAUACGAAUUAGCUGCAAGAAGAAUCGUGUCACGGACCACCCGUAGUUCUUUAUUACCCGUGCAACUAUCAUGGUUUAGGUCUCAUAUUCGUUCUAUAUGUUCCAAUCCAUCAGAUUGCAAGCGUAAAUUUGCCAAUGCACUCUUUAUUGUCGAAUCUGGUGGCAAUGACUUCAAUUAUGCUUUCUUUGGAGGGAAAAGAAUGCAAGAAGUAUAUGGGAUGGUGCCCGAUGUUAUUGGGACUAUUAGAAGAGCCGUGGAGGUGAGUCGUCGUGUUUUUUUUUUAAUUUAAGGGUUACAAAUUAAAUGAUAUUAACGAACUAGCUUGUUUUUCAUAUACAUGUUACAAUUUAUGAAUUAUGUAUAUACUAACGAAUAUGUAUCGUUUAAUUAUGCAGCAACUGAUUAGUUUGGGUGCCACACGAGUAGUGAUUCCUGGAAAUUUCCCAAUCGGAUGUUUGCCAAUUUAUCUUACAACUUAUCAAACAAACAACGCAAACAUGUAUGAUGAACUCCAUUGUCUCAGAGAAUUGAACGAGUUUGCCACGUACCAAAACAAUUUCCUACAACAAACUAUUAGAGAACUUCAAAGGGAAAACCCGACGGUCACAAUCAUCUAUGGAGACUACUUUACAGCCCUUAGAGAACUCCUUCAAAACGCCACCUCUCUUGGAUUCGACAGGCAUGAAACGCAAAGGGCUUGUUGUGGGAUGGGCAAUAAUGUGUACAACUACGAUGCAAGUCGAAUGUGUGCAAGAGGAGUUCCCGUGUGUGAGCAGCCCGACAAGAGCGUAAGUUGGGACGGAAUCCAUAUGACUCAACAUGCUUACAGUGUUAUGGCAAACUGGUUAUUGAAGCACAAUAUCGUUCCUAGCAUCUCCAAAGCAAGGGUUUAAUUAUUUCAUACCAUUAUACCAAGUAGAUUAAGGAAACAGAGUUGUUUAGGAUGCAUAAUGCUUUUAAAUUUUUCUUAACACUUCUU